GAGAAGGGGUUGGUCGGGAGGUUUGAGCCCCCCGGCCGCGGGAUUGCUGAGCAAGAGCGCUGUGGGUCGGAGGCCGGUGCAGAAUGGUGGGAGCCCCGCAGGAGGGUGGAUGGCUUUUCUGGAGGCUGCUGGCGUGUGGGAGACGGAGCGGAGGCAGGCAGAGGCAAGUGCUCUUGUUUCUUGUGUGCGUUUGCGUGUGGCAGAGCGGGGCGGAAAGGCUGCGGUAUUCUGUGGCGGAGGAAAUGGAGAGGGACUCGUUUGUGGGCAACAUUGCAGAGGAGCUGGGGGUGGCUCCGAGCCAGCUGUCGGCUCGCAAGGCCCGCGUUGUGUCCGAGGGGAAGGAGCAGCUUUUCCGGCUCGAUCCAAGCAGCGGCGUCCUGACAGUCAAGGAGUCUCUGGACCGGGAGGAGAUCUGCCCGCAGAGCGCUACCUGCACGCUGUAUUUUAAGAUCUUCCUUGAAAAUCCGUUGCAGCUGAUGCGAGGGGAGGUGGAGGUUCGUGACGUGAACGACAAUUCCCCCGUGUUCCCGGUGAAGGAGAUGGUUUUAGAGAUUCCCGAAACGGAAUCUCCGGGAUCCCGUUUCCUUCUGGAGAGUGCCCAUGACCGUGAUGUGGGCAUUAACGGUUUGCAGAACUACAGCCUGGAGGCCAAUCCGCAUUUCUCCGUCGCGCUGGGAACAAAAAAAGAUGGAAAAAAAUACGCAGAGCUGGUUCUCGAGCGUCAUCUGGACCGGGAAGAGCAGCGGGAGCUGAAUUUACUGCUGACGGCCUCCGACGGGGGCUCUCCACCCAGGUCGGGCACGGCUCGGGUCCGCAUCGUGGUGCUGGACGCCAAUGACAACAAACCGGUCUUCGGUCGUGACGUGUACGAGGUUCGAGUGGCUGAGAACAGUCCUCCAGGACAGCUGGUGGUCAGAGCGGUUGCUACGGAUCCUGAUGAAGGGUCCAACGGGAAGGUGCGUUAUGCCUUCACUGAGACACCGGAAGAAACUCGGCAGCUGUUCGAGCUGGACACCGAAACCGGGGAGAUUCGUGUGGCGGGAAACCUGGACUUCGAGGAAGCGAAAAGCCACGAGAUGAUGGUAAAAGCCACCGACGGCGGGGGUCUGUCUACACAUUGUAAAGUGCAGGUGGAGGUGCUGGACGUGAAUGACAACGCCCCGGAGAUAGCGGUGACGUCCGUCAGCGCCUCCAUCCCCGAGGACGCGCCGCCCCGCAGCGUGGUGGCCCUGUUGAGCGUGCGGGACCGCGACUCCGGCGAGAACGGGAGGACGGAGUGCUGGAUCGACGGGGACUUGCCGUUCAGCCUGACGCCGACGUUUGAGAAUUACUACGAGGUGCGAACAACGGCGGCGCUGGACAGGGAGAGGAGGGCGGAGUAUAACAUCAGCGUGAGGGCCCGGGACUGGGGCAGGAGGCGGCUGAGCUCGCGGGAAGUGAUCUCGGUGCAGAUCUCGGACGUGAACGACAACCCGCCCGAGUUCAGCCGGGAGGUUUACACGCUGUGGGUGGUGGAGAACAACAGCCCGAUGGUGCGUGUCGGGAGCGUGUCGGCGAGGGACGCGGACGCGGGGAGCAACGCGCGCGUGACGUACCGGGUGUCGGGCGAGGAGGGCGAGGAGCGUCCGUGCGUGUCGGUGAACUCGGCGAGCGGGGAGGUUUACGUGGUGCGGGCGCUGGACUACGAGGAGGUGCGCGCCUUGGAGGUGUCGGUGGUGGCUGCGGACGGGGGCUCUCCGUCGCUGAGCGCGCAGGCGGUGGUGCGCGUGGUGGUGCGGGACGAGAACGACAACGCGCCGGUGGUGCUGCACCCGUCGCCGGAGAGCAGGGUGUGGUGGGGCGAGGUGGUGCCGCGCGGGUCUCCGUCGGGCUACCUGGUGGGCAAGGUGGUGGCGGUGGACGCGGACGCGGGUCAGAACGCGUGGUUGUCGUACGAGGUGUGGAAGGCGACGGAGCCGGGUCUGUUCCGCGUGGGGCUGCACAGCGGCGAGGUGCGGACGGCGCGGGCCGUGUCGGAGAGGGACGCGUCCCGGCAGAGGCUGGUGGUGCUGGUGCGAGACCGCGGGCAGCCGCCGCGCUCGGCCACCGCCACGCUGGGCAUCGCCCUGGUGGACGGCUUCUCGGACGCGCGAUGGCGGGGCGGCGAGGACGAGGCGGCGGAGGCGGCGGCGGGGUCGGAGUCGGAGUCGGAUUCGGAGGGGCCGCUGACCCUCUACCUGAUCGCCUCGCUGGCCUGCGUGUCGGCGCUGUUGGUGGCCACGGGCGUGGCGGCGGUGGUGGCGAAGGUGCGUGGGGCGCGGGCCGAGAGCUUGCCCACGUUCCCCGCGGCUGUGUCGGAGAGCACGGCGGGCUCCCUGCCCCGCAGCUACGUCUACGACAUCUGCUUCGCCGGCGGCAGCGUCAACAGCGAGUUCCGCUUCCUCAGGCCGCUCUUGCCCUGCUUCCCCGCCGGGCUGCCCCCGGGCCCGGGCGAGCAGCGCAGCUCCGUGUGCUCGCAGGAGGCGACCAACCUCGGGGAAGAAGGCGACUGGGCUGCACAGGCCAGAGCUCCCCUCUCUGAAGACCCAGGGCCCAGAGCUGCAGGAACAGCUUGUGCAGGAAACCAGGGGAUGGAGCUAAAUGUCAGUUCUGAUCAGAACCCUUGGCUGACCCCUCAGUAAGUGAGGAGAAAGACAAGUGUGUCUGUCCUCCCUGGUGAUGUCCUCAUGGGGAAAGGAGAACAAAGAGCAAACACCCACCUAAAAAGUACCAAGGAGGAAGGAGCAAACGCACUGUUCUCUUGAGCAGUGCUUGAUUCCUGUAGGUAUUUUGCAGCCACAUAUGUGGAAGAGACCUGUGUUGCAUGCUGAUGACACUGAGACUUGCUGUAUGUUUGUGAGAGUGCUGCUGCUUCCAAAUGUCAAGGGAAAUGGUGAAAACUGGAAGCAGACCUUCAAGAUAUCUUUUUGCUGCUUUGCCUUUUCCGCAUCUGUUUUUGCUUUGUUUUGUUUUCCUGAUGGAGGGGGCUCUGUAAUAAUGCCUUAACGUUCUGCACAAUGUUCAAUACCAGCCCAGACUGGUAUCAAGGAAAAUAAAUGGUGCUCACGAAGUAAUUCCUUAAAAACAGGCAGAACCUUGAAACAGCUGACAUAGGCACCCUUUGCUUAUUUGAGCAGGCUAAUUUACAGAUUCUCCAUACUGUAUCAUGUGUGCUUUAAGCCAUAUAUUAUUUUUUUCUUCUGUGCUGCAAAUUUAAAAUUAAUGUUUCCAGAUAUUUGAAGAUAAGAGAUAAUUAAAAGCACUGUUUGUGGGUUUAGUAUAAAAUAUGCUAAAAUACUUACAAUAGACUUAAAGCACUGUAGAACAUAGGCUGUGAAUAAGCUUGCUGGUUCCUUUUCCUUUCACUAAUCAGUGUUGAUCAGUCACUUGCUAUUCCUGUUGCUCAUG